AUGGCUCGAAGAACUCCACAAGUAUAUAAACUCUUGGAAUAUGUUACCAUUGGCCUCGUUCUCAUAGCAGCCGUUGAGCUUUUCAAGUAUUCCACGAGAGUGAACUACGAAUGGUUUCACUGCACGCCUGUCAUGGAAUCUUUGAGCGAGGGAAGCUCUGCUUACAAGAUUUUCGCGGUGGGAGGACCAAGCUGCGACAAGAGAGGAGAGUUUAAGUCGAUUAUGAAGAAAAUUACGUAUGACUAUGAGCCCAACGACCAAGCCGUUUCCUUCUGCAUCAAGGAAAACGAAAGCGUUGCUGCCAUCCAUUACCCAAUUGAUACUCCAAAGGGCUCCCCCGGUUACGUGGCGUAUGCUGCUUACACGUCAGAAGCACAUUUGAUCGACGAAAUGUGUGCUGACGCUACCAUUAUGCAUUUUUGA